AUGAUAAUUCCGUUUAAAUUAAAAAGAAGAAUUCAGUACAAAGCUGUAUGGAAAAAAACGUUUAUUAAUCCAGCGCAUACUAGAGACGCUUUAGAAUGUCUUAAAAAUAUAAAUGACAAUUAUAAAGAGAUAGAAAUUAAUGAAAUUGAUGAUAAUUAUCUUGUAAAUCAUCCAGGUAUAAUGAACAAGCGAGCUAGUGCUGAUAACAAUAAUAAGAAUGAUUAUAAUGUUGUUGACACACAAACUGUAGCCGAUGAUGUUGGUGAAAGAAACGAUGGUGAUGAUGGUGUUCAAGAAAAUACUGCUGAUGGUGAGCCAGGAGCUUUAGAAAGUGAUAGCGAAAGUGAUUUAGAUAGUGAAAUAGGAUUAGAAGAUACAGAAGAUCCUUGGAGUAAAUUUAAUUUUAGUACACAUUCAUGUUUACAGCCUACGGAUUUAGAAAGUUAUGUUUUAGAUCAAAAGAUAGUUAGUCUAGCGCCAGCAGAACAGAAUAAAUCAUUGUCUUUGUUGAAAGAUUUUACUGUUGAGGCUUUAGUAUUUCCUCAUAUCUUUCCAGAUGUGAAUGAAUUCAUUUAUUCGAUUUUAAAUCCAUAUGGGUUGGAUUCCUAUGAUUAUUGA